AUGCAUGAUGUGUGCCCAAUUACAACAGAUGGGGAACAACUUUCUCUUUGUUUUGAUUCUCUGUUGCCUGCCACCAGUGAUGUGACUGUUCAAACUUUUGUCCAGGGUGAUCUGGGCUCAAGCAAUGAGUUCUAUGAUGUAAUUGACCAAGAUGGAAACAACUUGGGUCAAAACAAUGGUGGGGGGGAAUGCUCUAAUUCCUAUGACCAGACUGAUUUUGUUAUGACACAGGCCACAUUCAAUACUUGGGUGGCAACUGGCUUUGUCAGUUUCAUAAUGGAUGCCUCUAUAGAGGUGAACCCGAUCUGCCUCCAGCAGGAUGUGUACAUCAAUCUGGUCUAUUCCACUAGGUAA